GUGGUUAUUUUAAUCUCUGAUUCCUGCAUGCAUGUUAAUCAAAAUUGGAUACAAUAGUAUCAAACAUUGUAAAUAUUUAAAUAUCACAAGUGAUUGAAUUCAAUAAAGAUUACGUAGUUUAGGGCUGAUUUAUCACCCUCGCCAACAUUCUUCAACAUUGGUAGUCGACUGCUUAGAGAUUUUGGAUACGGGAUUCUACAGUGACAAACUUUGGGAUGCCGCAAGCAACAAACAUGAAGGUAUGGAGGGAAAAGGAACUGUCGCCAGUAGGUCCCGGGACAGUAUUCAACCGAGUAACUGAAAUCAGCGCUGCAACAAGAGAAAGGGCUCUUCUCGCAAACAAAACAGAAAAUGCACGUUUGGCAAGAAUGCACAGAUUAAUCGACAAAGAACAGCGCUUUGUCAACAAUCUGCAAAACAGAGUCAUUGAAAGAACUUCAAAGACGUUAACAGAAAAAAGAGCACUGCUUCAACUGUUAGAAAAGGAGUAUCGGUUUGACAACUUUGUCACAAUGAAACAAGGAUUCAAUGCAAAUCAGAUAGAAGAUAUAGAAACAGCAAGACAUUACGUAAUUGAGUCGCGUGUGUUCAAUUCCGGAUUUAACGUGAAGUCUAUGAAGCCAGAAGUGCACCGAAGAAUCCGCAUGUUGAAUCCUAAUCACAAAUACAAAACUUUUAAGAAAAGACUGUUAGCAGAUGUUAAAAGAAAAAACAUUGAAAUUGAUAGAGAAAUGUCCACUACAACAUUUUACAGGAUGCUUCACGACCAUGAGCACUGGCGAGAUUAUAAUCAUACCACGACUAAGCACAGUAAACAAACUGAUCUUUCACAAUCGAAGGUUCCAGAAGAAGAAAAGCAACGAGAGGGAUUAAAUGCCAUAGAAAAGAAUACUGAAGGAGUUAUUCAAGAUAGCAAACACGUGACCGUUGCUACAGAAACUGGUGAAGAUUCCGACAAGCCAAAAGAAAAAUCAAUGGUACUAGAAAAACGUUUAGCAAGACCCAAACAGGAUACAUUAAGCAUGACAAUGCGAACAUUGGGUCCCGUUUACUUCCAAACUACAGUUACAACAGAAUCCAGCUGAAUUGUUUGAUGUACAUGUACUGAAACUAUCAAUAACUGAUUGUUGAUUAAAAACUAAACUUACAUCAUCGAUACAAAUGAAUAACUAUAGAUUGAAACUUUUUUUUUGGAGUUUUUGUUUAAUAUGAUUUUAAAAGUAUUAAACUGUUCCAUUGAUGUACAAUUUAUCUUUUUACCAAAACAAGUGAGGUGAUACGUUAUUUGAACUCUGACUUUUCUAAUCAUCAACGGAAUUAAAUUUCAAAAUGCAUAUGCUUAUGUGUAAUCAUGACUGUUACAUGUUUCAAGUAAAGGUCCUUAUUUAAUAUAAUUCCUUUAAAUAGUAACAUAAAAUGUCUUUACAAAACUAUAUAUACAUUUUGAAAUAAUGGUAUGACAUGAUACUACACGCGUGCUUUUAUUAUU